AUGUCGAUAACAAAAGCCCUCGCAGUCUUUGCGCUCCUCGGCUCAUCUCUCGCCCUACCAGAGAAAUCAAGACAUAACCAUGCCCGUGCUUCACCUUGCACACCAGCAGCAGGUGGUUCUGCUUCAAUCGACGACGUUCCCGCUAUCACAUCGGCAAUCGCCUCAUGCGGCAAGGGAGGCACUAUUGUCAUCCCCGCCGGCAAAACCUACUACUUGAACAGCCCACUGGACUUCGCAGGAUGUGUUGGCUGUGACUUUCAGCUGGAAGGCACCUUGAAAUUCAGCUCAUCGACAGAUAUAUGGGAGGGACAGACAGCAAUGAUCAAUAUUAAGAAUAUUGAUGGACUUAAGAUCCGAUCUCUGACAGGCAAGGGAGUCAUUGACGGGAAUGGGCAAAAUGCGUACGCAUUUCUUUCCUUUUGUGUUCUUCAACACUCAUUCCAGUUCACUAAUAUGGUGUAUAGAUGGGACCUUUUCGCAAAAGACAGCAGCUACAAGCGCCCAACCCUCCUCUACAUCACUGGCGGCUCUAACAUCGAGGUCUCAAACCUCCGCCAAAAGAACCCACCCAACGUCUUCAAUUCCGUCAAGGGUGAUACCAAGACAGCGAAAUUCUUUGACCUAAAAAUGGACGCCACAUCUAAAAGCGACAAUGAGCCGAAGAACACAGACGGCUUCGACAUUGGCGCCAGCACAGACGUGACCAUCAGCAACGUGGACGUGAAGAACGAUGAUGACUGCGUGGCAUUCAAGCCCGGCGCAGACGGCGUCACAGUCAAGGACAUUACCUGCACUGGAAGCCAUGGACUAUCGGUGGGAUCGCUGGGGAAGAGUUCCGAUGAUUUCGUGAAGAAUGUGUAUGUGUCAGGUGCGACCAUGAUUAAGUCGACCAAGGCGGUUGGUAUCAAGACGUAUCCCUCUGGUAGCGGCCAUGGCAUGUCGACUGUGAGCAAUGUUACUUUCACCGAUGUUGUGGUCGACGGGUGUGACUAUGCAAUUCAGAUCCAGAGUUGCUAUGGUGAGGAUACAGAUUACUGCGUGAAGAAUCCCGGGAAUGCGGAUUUGACGGACAUUGUUUUUGACAGCAUUAGUGGGGAGACAAGCGGGAAGUACAAAGCCGUUACGGGCAGUCUGGCUUGUGGAGCUCGUGGAACUUGUGAUGUCAAGGUUGGUGCUUAUACUGUUGAGGCGCCAUCUGGGGGUAGUGAGGUGCUGUGUGCCAAUACCCCGUCGGAUUUGGGGGUGAAGUGCACCCCAGGUGCCUCGGGCUAA